AUGGCUUCCUGCUGCCACUCCUUCUGCCCCGCAGCAGCAAAACUUGACCACUGCCCCGGGGGCCCCCCUUGCUUCCCGGGGGGCCCCGGGGAGAAGCUGCUGCAGCGCAGCAGCAGCUGCAGCAAGGAGGGGCUCUGGGCCGAGGCCUACAGCUUGGGAGAACCUGAGGGGCUUCCGGAGGCGGAGCUGCGUGCUGCAGCAGCAGCAGCAGCUGCUGCUGCUGCUUGCGGGUGCUGCGCAUGCGCGUGCGCGGGCGCGAAGGAUUACCGCAGCAGCAGCUGCUGCGGCAGCUGCUGCAGCGGCUGCUGCAGCGGCUGCUGCAGCGGCUGCUGCAGCGGCUGCUGCAGCGGCAGCUGCAGCAGCAGCCGCAGCCAGAGCCAGCUCCCAGCGGACCGGACGCAGCUGCUGCAGCACUGCCCGCACCACCAGCCGCUGGCCGCGCAGCAGCAGCAGCAGCAGCAGGAGGUGCAGGCGCAGGCGUCCGCAGCUGCUGCAGCCUCGCUGCUGCAGCAGCAGCAGCAGCAGCAGCAGCAGCAGCAGGGCGAGCCUGUGGAGUACGAGUUUUAUGUGUGGGACGCAGCAGCUCAAGAAUAUGUGCAAACUGACCAGCAAACUGGAGAACAAAUGCUGCGCGAUCCGAAGUACUUCCAGUACCACUACCGGCUGGUGGAGAGUCCGCAGGACGGCGAGGCGCUGCUGCUGCCGGAGCCGCUAGCAGCAGCAGCAGCAGCAGCAGCAGCAGCAGCAAGCUGCAGCGCAGCAGCGGCGGAGGAGGCCUCCAGCGAGCCGCCCAGGGCCCACGGCGGGACGCCCAGCCUCUGCAGGCAGCAGCUCGAAGAGGACUGCAGCAGCAGCAGCAGCGCAAUCAAUGAAGUCCAAGAAGAUGCAGAGUUGCUGCAGACUCCCGAGUCUUUGCUGACGCCGCAGCAGCAGCAGCAGCAGCAGCAGCAGCGGUGGGCGGGGGCUGUGGAGGCUGUGGAGGCUGUGGCUGCGGCGUGCCGCGGUGGCUCUGGCUGCAGCCACCUCCAGCACAGCAGCCUGCUGCUGCAGCAGCAGCUGCAGCAGCAGCAGCAGCAGCAGCAUCACCGCCACCACCACGUGCACCACCGAGAGCCGCCGGAGAAGGAAAACUGCACACAAGCUGCAUGCAGAGGCCGCCACAGCCUCAGCGCGCGCAGCAGCAGAUGGGCAGCAGCAGCAGCGCCUGGAGCAGCAGCAGCAGCUCCUGGGGCCGCAGCAGCAGCAGCAGCAGCUUGCAGCCGCUGGCGGAAGCCGCCCUUGGCCAAGGGCCUGAGCCCCAAGCCGGAGGGCGCCGCCGCCGCCACUGCCACGACCACUGCUGCUGCUGCUGCUGCUGCUGCUGCUGCUGCUGCUGGGGGCGAUCUGCAUGCGCGGUUCUUCAUCUCCUGCAGCAGGCCGUGGGAGAACUCCUCAGCGAGCCUGAGAGACCGAGACCUGCAGCUGCGGAAGCUGCAGCACCUGCAGCGCCUGCAGCAGCUGGAGAAGGACGAGCUGCUGCGGCGGCAGCUGGCGCUGGACGAAAUGGCUGCUGCGCUGCCCCGGGCAGCGCAGCAGCUGGUGCACGCAGAAGCAGCAGCAGCAGCAGCAGCAGCAGCAGCAGCAGCAGCAGCAGGCAAGGAGGGCGCUCGCGGCUGCGGGGCCAGCAGCAGCCACGGCGCGCAGCGAAAGGGACUCUACCGAGAAGCAGACAAGCGGCUGCGGACGGACCCCGUGAGCCGGGGGCGCUACUUCAGAGAAAAGUGGAAAAGCGACAAGUUUUUGGAGCAGCAGCAGCACCCCGCGUUUGACGUGAAGGCCUACGAUGCGUGGCUGCGAAGCAGGGGCCACCUGAUAAGGGGGCGGGCGCUGCAGCUGCAGCAGGAGGAGCAAAGGCUCCUCUCGCAGCUGCAGCUGCAGCAGCAGCAGCAGCAGCAGCAGCAGCAGCGGCGGGGCGGGCGCCCGCGGCGAUGGGGGCCGUGA